AUGCGAUCUGUUUCUGUUCUUGCGUCUGGCCUGGCCCUCGUGGCCUCUGCUUCGGCCGACAGCCUCAUCAGCAUCCCCGUCGGUCUCUGUGGCGCCGUCCUGGGUGAGGUUGCUUGCAAGCAGCAGACCGCGGCCCCCGGUGGCCUGAUCAACGUGCCGCUGAACACUUGCCUUGCUGCUCUGGGCGAGGCCAAGUGCAACCAGGUCAGCUCGUCGACCGGCAGCAGCGGCUCUCUGAUCAGUGUUCCCCUCAACAUCUGCCUCGCUGUGCUGGGAGAGGCGGAAUGCCAACAGAAGGCCACCGCUCCGGGCGGUCUCAUCGACAUCCCCAUCAACCUGUGUCUCGCCGUGUUGGGAGAGGCAGACUGCUACUCCCACAGUGGAAGCGGCUCUUCCACGGCCGAAGUCAGCACUCCAACUAUUCCGUCUGUCAGCGUCCCUGUGCCGGAGGAGACCAGCACCCCGUGUGAGACGGGCACUGUGCCUGCGCCUGCUUCUGCCACCACGGCGACUGUCGUGCCAACUCCUGGGGUUCCAACUCCUGAGGUGCCAACUCAGUCUCCUGCUCCUGCUCCCGUGUCUACGCCCGCUACUACCGUCCCUGUCGUGGCCAGCUCCUACCCUGCUGCUCCGUCGUCCGCUCCGGCUGUCCCUCCUGCUGUGUCUCCUAGCGGCAGCGUUGUGCCGACGUUCGUCACCUACCCCAGCAGCUACUACCCUAGCAGCACCCCUGCUGCCUCAUCUGGCUAUGCUGCCCCCAGCGGUGCGGCUGCUGCGACUGGCAGCUGGAGCAAGCCCUCUCCAAGCUCGACUCUGACGCCCUUCACUGGCGCGGCCGACAACGUCAAGCUGUCCGGCUUCACCAUGGCCCUGGGUGCUCUUGCGGCUGUGGUCAUGCAGCUGUAA